AUGUUCAAAAUUUUCAUAGCCAAAUAAAGUUUGAAUAAAGAGAUCUUACAAUCAUAAUCAGGAUUUGGAUUAAUGAGAAUUUCGGAAAUUUUAAAUAGAGUUUAAUCACUUAAGGUAUUUUCAAUCUUCUAACUGCAAUAUCUCAUAUACAUUCUAGGAGAGUAUAAUAUAGAGAUAUCAAACCAAAUAGUGUUCUAAUUCAGAGCCAUUGCCUUAUAUUCAUUGACUAAUUUCUGCUAGAAACUCUUAUAUCUUAGACCUUAAAUUAAUGUUUUGCAGUUCAGAAUAUAUUGUGCUGAGAUUUUAAAAACAAAAAUUUAUCCCUUUAAACAAAUAGAUAUAGCAGUAAUAAAACUACAAAUUUAGUAUUUUUAUUUUUUUUAAGGAAGGAAAUAACUCUGUAGGAAGGUAUCAUGUUCUGGGAUUCACUUACAAAGAGAUUUCUUGAAUCUCUGA